UCAUGGGAACGAACUGGAGGUGAUUUCUAUCUCGAGGGCGAAUCAUAAUAUCUUAAUCCACCAGCCAUGGCGACCCUUCUCGUAUCCAAUUCACACUCUCUUCUGUUCACAUACGCUGCGCGCCUUUCCUUCAAGCCUCCACAAUUGCCCAACUCUACGGCUAUUCGCUUCGCCGGCGACUCGUGCUACCGACGGAAACUGAGAGGCUUGACGGCGGUUACUCGUGCGGGUCCCGGUAGCAGCAGCUACUUCUUCGCUUUUGCACUCCCAUUUUCGCUCCUCGCUAUCACCAUAGUAGCUUCGUGGAAAAUAGGAGAAAGGCUUGACAGAGAAUUUAUCGAGGAGAUGGCAAUGAACGAAGCCAUCAUGGAAGCAGAUGAAGACGAUGAUGAUGGUGUUGACCAAGAUGACAUUGAAACUUAUAAACAAGAAGAACCUGCCCUUCCUCGUGUUCGCAAUAGGCCAAGAAGGGAGGCUUAGAGUUACAUUUAAUGUGUUUUGAGUUGUAAUUUACUCCAGGAUGCUUUUGAAUUGUACUUAAGCCAGCAGAAUCAAGAUCGUGGAAGGAGAGAGGAAGCGACGGCUUCAUUUUUAUCUCAGAUUCAUGGAACAUAGGUCUUUCUAAAGUCAAGAACCAUACUCUAUACCGAGAAGGAAGCAGUGAAAGCCUGAAAUGUCUAUAGCAGAAUAGAGUAUUCCCCCUUCUUCAGAUGUAGCCAGAUACACUAUAUGAGUAUAUUCGACGGAAAAUGUAAUUCCAUUGACUUUUGGGACGCAUAAAGUAAUUGUCUCAAAUUCUAUGUAUGUAUUAGAAAAUUCAUUGAAUGUAGGAUUAUUUGUUUCUAAGAUAAGAGCUUUUGUGGGGUUAUUGUAGAUUUCUGCUCCCUUUUUGAAAUUAAGUUUUAUAAGAAAACAUUGUUAAGUA